UUUAUAUGUCGCCUGCGAUUGGCCGCCGGUGACGACAAUCCUCCAACAUACUCCCGCCCACCGAGAGGAUCAAGUUUGAAUGAACAACAGCAGUCUAUUCAAGAGGUGGUAGUUGCAUUUGCAGUAAUUACUAAAAGUGUGUAUCAUAUCAACGGUGAGCCGAUCAAGGAUGGAUAUGAAGAAAAGAAUUCACCUAGAGUUGCGGAAUCGCACUCCGUCAGACGUAAAAGAACUUGUGCUAGACAACUGUCGCUCAAACGAAGGCAAGAUCGAGGGCCUAACAGACGAAUUCGAGGAGUUAGAAUUCCUAAGCACAAUCAACGUGGGACUGACGACAGUCGCCCACUUGCCGAAGCUAAAUAAACUCAAAAAGCUUGAACUCAGCGAUAACAGGAUCUCAGGAGGGCUGGAAGUGCUGGCAGAGAAAUGCCCCAAUCUCACACAUCUCAACCUCAGUGGCAACAAAAUCAAAGACCUCAGCACAAUAGAGCCCUUGAAAGAACUGGGGACGCUGAAAAGUCUAGACUUGUUUAACUGCGAAGUGACAAACCUGAACGAAUACAGAGACAACGUGUUCAAGCUACUACCCCAGCUCACGUACCUGGACGGCUACGACAAAGACGACAAAGAGGCGCCCGACUCCGACGCCGAGGUGUAUGCAGAGGGCUUGGAUGAUGAUGAGGAGGAUGAAGAUGACGUGGACGAGGAGGACUAUGACGACGAUGCAGCACCAGGAGACGAGGAAGAGGAUGAGGGAGAGGAGGAUGAAGAAGAGGAAAAUGAGGAAGAGGAAGAGGAUGACCUCAGUGGAGAGGAAGAAGAGGAGGAGGAUUUGAAUGACCGGGAAGUCGAUGACGAGGAUGAUGAGGAGGAGGAGCGAGGCCAGAAGAGGAAAAGGGAGCUGGACGAGGAAGGGGAGGAGGAUGACGACGACUGAGGGAGUCCUUUUGCAAGCUAUGUUGUGUACUGACUGUUUUAAACCUGUAUUUCCCAGUCACUUCCCCAACUCCCGUGUCCCCCCCCCCCCCAACCCUGCCCCGCACCCCACCCCUCCCCCGUUUCAUAUUGCAGUAGGAGUGGUUUUUGUUAUUGGCCAGUCAGGUAGAGGGGGGUUGUCCGGGGAAAUAAGUUAAUUUUCUGUACCUUCGAUGCUCCCGUGUUCCAGUCUUUAUCGUCCACUUGGAACUGCUCGGUGGACAUUUUUUUGUAAUAUCAAAUAAUAGCAAAGAUAACCUUUUUAAGAAUUGUUUUCUCACCAUUUGUGUAUGACCAAUUUCUGAUGACUUGCAUCUUAUGAAACAACCCCCGCCCCUCGCCCCCCGCCGCCCCCCAUUGCCCCAACACCAAAAAAGGAAAAAAAAAAAAGAAAGAAAAAAA